UCAAAAUACAUCUAAUGAAUAGCCUUGAUGUAAAAAUACGAUGAAGCGAUAUGAUGAAGAUCAAGACCUAAGCACUUACAAACACAACAGCAUAUUGGAAACGUGCAUUGCCGAAGGAUUCAUUGACGCUUUUUAUUCAUACAUGGACUAAACUUCUGUCUUUUCGAAGCUUUCGUCCAAACUUCACAUGAUGCUGAGCACAAGAUGCUGCAAUGAAUAAAAAUUUGUUUACUUGGUACAGCAGAGUGCGGGAGGACGUGUGCAAAAGAGAAUAGGCAAGAUUGCUUGAAGAAUAAUGACGCUACAAAGGUGCAUGUGCUGCGUUUGUUGUUGUCGUUGUUGCAAAACAUUUUGGUGUCAGAUUCUUGGAAUUACACUUAGAUCUUUUCCAAUCGUUAUUCUUGAGCUCAUAGGCUGGGCUUUAUUUUCAUACGUGGAGGAUAAUUUGCAUCUGAAAUAUUGCUUCUCGAACACCAACCAUGUUGCUGAUAAACUAUACCCGCAAGGCAAUGAGACGAAAAAGGCUACCGAACUUUUCACCAGACUUUACCAUAAAACAAAACUGCUGCCUUCCAAUAACCAAAGUGUUGUAAUUUAUGCAUUGUUUCAGUUCCAUUUCAAAGUCCCCCCUUCAGUACCUCUGUCAAAAGAGAUAUUGGGAGGUCUUGGCUGCCUCAGAUGGUAUCGCUUUUCUGCAAUGACAAUGACAACCAUUGGUUUUGGUGGCGUAACACCGAGAACAACCACUGGCAAAUUGCUUACGAUUCCAUAUGCCCUGGUGACAAUUCCAGCGAUGCUUUCAUUUCUAGCAUACGUUGGAUCCGUCGUUUCCAGUUGGGUAGAGAAUUUGAUGCUUUGCGUCCAUAGAUUAAUCAAAGGCAACAAACCUUUGAGAUACAAACUCGUCAAACGCGUCAUCUACAUGUACAUUGUGGUUUGGAUAGCGGGCCUGUUGUUUGCAGCAGACUUCAUUUUCAAUUCCUUGUAUUUUCAGGCAUCAAGCCAGGAGUCUUGGAUCAAUGCCUUGUAUUUUGCAUUUGUCACAUUCUCGACUAUUGGAUUCGGGGAUAUAUCAGAACCUGCUAAUGACAGCAAGUUUUAUGGCUUAACACUUAUUGUUGGUUUAGCAUCAUUCUCUGGAUUUGCUGACUCGAUUCUAGCUGCAUCUUCAAGGGUUAAGUUUGGAUUCAAGAAGAAUUACACCUUUUAUUUCUUUCACUAUAUAGAGGAUGAAGAACUUGCGCAAAACUAGGCCAGAAACAUUUACUUGGCUUAAUUUUCAUACGUAAUACCUUUUUGUCAGAGUGCUUAAGGCAUGUUUAGAUAUGCAGAAUUAUCCCACCUCUGAGCUUUUGUGCUAGCUAGUGGAAAAAAUCUGCUCAUGUUACGUACAUCAAUUUCAUCCAACACACUAAAUGCUUAAACAUCCGUUAGAAUCACUCCUUGUAGUCAGUAAAAUGUUCAAAUGAGAACAUGGAACCACAAGAGGUAAGAUCUGGCAGUCUGAGAGCAGAAUCUCACUCCCCCUAGAAUCAGUGACAGUUUGAAGGGGUCCAGGGGGCAACGGCCCAGGCCCCAUGCUUAUGAUAGCCAGAAGGGGCCCCGCUCCCAAGAGAAAAAUUAAAAGUGUGAAGAACAAGGGCUCCACAGAUGUUUUUGGUACCGGGCCCCACAGUUUCUAAAACCAAUUCUGCCCAGAAUAAAUUGCUUCUCGUAUAAACACAAGAAAAGAAUUACAACGCUUUGUGAAGAAAGAUUGAGUCAUACUUUUCAGCCCAUGGAAAGGAAAAUGGGAUAACUUUGUCCAUAAAAAAGGCCCCAAUAAAGACAAGUAUUUCCGUUCACAAUAACAAGAGUGAAAUUUGAAACUAAGGGUAAACAUAGCUAAAGCAAAAUUAUCCUAAUUUUCAGCCCACGAGCUUGGAUGAAAUCACCGCAUAAUUACAUACACAUUUCAUCCUACCUACAAACUUUUUUAAUCCCAGGUCUCCCUUCAAACUCCAGAACAUCAAUACUAUUAUGUGCAACGUGAACGCGUGUGCAACUAUAAGAUCUUCAUCUCACCUUCAAGCCAGCUGAGCGUUUUUACGGGAAAAUUUAUCUCGAGUGGCGAGAUCCAGCAAGCUGAGGGCCACAUAAUAAUUUUCUUUAAACUAAAGAUGGAAAUAAUAAAGCUUUGUAACAUCCCCCUUCCUUUAAACAUGAAUGACUCUUUGGUACCCCCCCCCCCUUUUGACCUGGAACUCUAUGGUUUAUUCAUUGCUGUUGAAUUCAUCCACCCAAAUGCUAACAGUGAUGAGUGCCGAAGCGAAAUUGAUAAUUCAAAAGUACCUAAGAUUUUGUGUAUAUACUGAUGUUUGUGCAAAUGUGCAAGAUAAACGGAAAUUAUUCCUACACGAAUUUCUAUUUCAUAUUUAUUUGCUAAAGCUAAACACCCCUUUCUAACACUAGAUUGGAUGUUAACGAUGAUCAGUUCUAUUCGCUGCCAAUCAACCAGAGAACAGAACCGAGCACUUGCUUGCUCAUGUUUAUUAUUAUUAGUGAUACGUCACGAUAUGUACGUCAAAACUUUCAAACUUUAUGGAACAAAGCUUUGGAAAUCUCUUCCUAAAGCUAAUAGAAAUGGAUCAUCAUAUUCUUUCUUAAAACGAAGUGUAAAUUUAUUUUAAGGCAAAUUUAAUGAUCAUUCUGUUACUAACUAUGGUUUUAUUGUGUAACUAUUAUUAUUAAUAUUUUACAGUUCUUCUACUUUUCAGGCUGAAAAAGCUUUGCUUAGUCCAGUUAUUUUGCAAACAAUCUUUUGGUGGUACAAAACUUAUAAAUGG